CUCACCACAGGUGAUUAUAACACACCAGCGAGAACGUGAUGCAAGUUUUGCUUUAAAAGAGGAAGAGGUGCCACAGACCAUGUGACAUUAUCAUCAUAAAUAUCAACCAGGAAAACAGAGUCACAGAGGUUCAACAGAGAAGCAGCGAUGAGUCCGACUGAACAAGGCAUGAUGCUGGGGAGCCUGCUGCUCAUCUCCUUGUGUGUCGGAGCAGCAGCCACAUUUGACAGCAGGCUGGACCUUCACUGGGAGCUGUGGAAGAAGACCCAUGGGAAGGACUACCAGAAUGAGGUGGAGGAUGUGCGCCGCAGGGAACUGUGGGAGAAGAACCUGAUGCUCAUUACCAUGCACAACCUGGAGGCGUCGAUGGGGCUUCACACCUACGACCUGAGCAUGAACCACAUGGGAGACCUGACAGAGGAGGAGAUCCGGCAGUCCUUUGCCACACUCACUCCUCCUACUAACCUCCAGAGGGCACCCUCUCCCUUCGCGGGGGCAUCUGGUGCUGCUGCACCGGACACCAUGGACUGGAGAGAGAAGGGCUGUGUCACCAGUGUCAAAAUGCAGGGUGCUUGUGGCUCUUGCUGGGCCUUCAGUGCCGCAGGGGCCCUGGAGGGUCAGUUGGCCAAGUUGACAGGGAAGCUGGUGGACCUCAGCCCCCAAAACCUGGUGGACUGUUCCAGCAAGUACGGCAACCACGGCUGCAACGGAGGCUUAAUGCACCAUGCCUUCCAGUACGUCAUCGACAACCAUGGAAUUGACUCUGAUGCUUCAUAUCCCUACACAGGCAAGCAACAACAGUGCCAAUACAACCCCACGUACCGUGCCGCCAACUGCUCCCAGUACAGCUUCCUGCCUGAAGGGGACGAGGGGGCUCUGAAAGAGGCGAUCGCCACCAUCGGACCCAUUGCAGUGGCGAUUGACGCCACAAGACCCAGAUUUACUUUCUACAGGAGCGGAGUGUAUGAUGACGCAAGCUGCAGCCAGCGUGUGAACCACGCUGUGUUAGCUGUGGGCUACGGCACGCUGAACGGGCAAGACUACUGGCUGGUGAAGAACAGCUGGGGAACAACAUUUGGAGACCAGGGCUACAUCCGUAUGGCUCGCAACAAGAACGACCAGUGUGGCAUCGCUCUGUACGGCUGCUAUCCCAUCAUGUAGCUACACAGAGACCUGAACUGAAACUAUAGCAAAAUUUAACUUCAGUUAUUUUUCUAUGUAUAUUUUUUACAGAAACAUUUUAUGUGAAUGUUUUACUACAAGGGCCACAGAUGCCAAGUCUUUAAAUACUAAAGUUUAACACAGCACAAGUUGUUUUUAUUAAACUUAUCUGUUUUUUUAUUUUCCUACAUGUCAUCACUGAACAUCUGUCUUUUAAGACCGUGUGCUUGUUUGUGUCUGACGGUAUGUGUGUGUUUGAAUCUGUAAUAAAGAGAUAUAUGUCAGUCACAGUGAUACACGCCAGGCCUGGAUUGACUGAUCAGGCUAAAGUCAGCCCUUCAUAAAUAUCUGAUGUGUGUUAUGUGUCGUAGCUGCAGUUGAGGUGAAGAUCUGAUUUUACACCACCAGCUGCAGGUUUGUCUGUUAAAUCUGCCAUAAAAACCGUCUUGACAGGA